AGCCAUGGGAAGAUAUGAACUCUGAUACUUAGCCCACGGCUUCGGCACAACACAACAGGGACUUGUGCCGUUUGGAGUCGAAUAAUGUCUGACGAGGAAUCGGACGGUUUGGAGGGAUUACUGCUCGCAGCCAAAGAGGGUGACGUCGCGACAUUUAAGGAGUUGUUGAAGGCAGGCGAAGAUGUGUUGCAGAAAGACAAGAACGACCAGACUGUGCUCCACCUGGCUGCGCGAAGUGGCGCUGUUCUGGUCAUUCUAGCGGGAGUUUCAAAAGGACUGACUUGGCACAUCAACGCAACGAGCAAGCGUGGUUUGACACCAUUACACGAUGCCUGCCUGGCCGGUCAUGUCAAAGUAACCAAUCUGCUGCUGGCAUUGGGAGCUGACGUCAUGGCUCAAACCAAGGAGGGUUACACGGCGUUGCUGUGUGCAGCUGGCAACGGGCACGCCGAGGUUGCAAGGCUGAUGGUCGGAGCAGGAUGUGACCCAAACAGACUUGUCCCGCCAAUAGGCGUGAAUGCUGUACAUAUAGCUACGUGGACUGGGCAAGCUGACGUUCUUGACACUCUCCUGCAGUUGGGAGCGAGACCAGACGAAAUUGGGAAGACCGCGGCAGAGUUUGCUGCUGAACAAGACCACACAGAAUGCCUUGAGAUUCUUAAGAAGCACGCUUCAAAGAGUGCAUCGUCUCAAGUUGACGAGAUGAAGAUACUGAAAUCCAAAAUGAAAAGAAUCGAGGAGAAGAUUCGCGGCUACUUUGAGGACAAACUCAAAGAAGAAAUCCACUACUUCGAGAAACAGCUAGAAGACCAGCAUGAAGAAGACAUGAGCACGAUCAUCAAACUCCAGCAGGAGGUGUCGAGGCUGCAGUCCAUCCUGGGCCGGGAGCAGGCACAGCUCGUACGGGGACAGCCACUGCGUAGUCCCCGUCCUGACAUCAUCGACAUGAAUAGGAUGCCCACCGCACCAACCACUGCCAGGCCUGCUGGCCCAGCACGCAAACACCGUCUGAGUGAUGGGGACGUACCGGACAAACCUUGUGGCAGUGGGUCCCCAGGUAACGACAGUGCCGAGAGCGCUAAUGAAGACGAACGACAGGAAAAACUGGGACUGAAGACGGCGUCAGCCCUCAAAGACAAGAGUAUCUACGCUCUGGUGGAGGAGACCUCCAAGAAAACGAGCAGCAUGGCUUAUCUAAGAAGACAGUCAUCAGAGGAGAGCUCCAGCAGAGCACCCAUUUUGCGGAGUGGGAGUGCCGGGGCAUCAAGUUUGCCCAGCAAACCCUUGUCAUCUCGACGCGGACGGGUCGUCACGGAGACUCCACCCACCAGCCCCGUCAUUAAAACCCAACCGGGUGGACUUUUCUCCGACCUUUCGCCGUCAACCUCGGCUGUGCCCACACCGCCGUCGCCCGAUCGCGACCGCCUGCAGGUCGGCGAGCCCAACGCGCCCAAGACCCGCAGGAAGAGUCUAACCAUGCUUCUCCGUCCCAUAUUCUUUGGUGAUAACAAUAACAACGGCAGCAGCAAGAAAGACAAGUCCAGACGGCGAAGUGUGAUCGCUACCAUGCCAGUUCCUCCAGCUCUGGACAGCCAACCGCCAAAAAAUAAAGGCCCAUCCCUACUUCAGAGGCCACUGCCCGGUAUACACCCAAUAGCAGAUGAAACGGGGACGGGCACACAAGACGAAUAGCUACGAGACACGAUCCUCCGGUAUUUUUGAAGGGAUCAGACGCCCGUGGCAAUUACCCCUCCCGAAAUAAUAUUGGUUUUCAGUGUACUUAAUAAAUUAUUGAUUUGAAUCACUUCCAUGUUUGCAGUUUACUGCGGGGGUCCCCUCAAACUGAGUUUAGAAACGAAUAUGAGCAUGGGGAUGACUCUUUCAGAAAAUGGGCCGGAAGAUUCGGGUCAGUGACGUUUUCCUCAGUUUUCCACACAAAAAUCGAAAUUCAGUUUACCUUUUGAACUUUUUCCAUCAGGGUACAACUUUUAGAAGGUGUGUUCUAGGCUAAUAAAGGAUAACCUUUGCAAUUUUUAAGCUACUGUAACGCAAUGGUGCUACAAACCGCCACUGUGAGCAGUUACGCAAAAAUCUAUCUCACGUGAUAAUUAUUUUUGAAACUUAUUUUUCUUUAAAUUUGCUAAAAUAGUAAAUUCAAAUGUUUUAAAGUUUGUUCUGAAGAAUUCAUUCCGGAAAUGUCAAAAUCAACACAAACCGACAUGAAACAGACGUUAGGAAAUUUGGCUUAGUUCAAAAAGUCAAGCAUUUUCUAAGCGUGUAAAACAACGGCGGAAACAGGUUUUUUUUUUUUUAGUAAUUACGUAAACAGCAACUUUAAAAUGGAGCAUUAUUUUUAUCAUCGUUCAUUAAACACCAAGACAUCUGACUCCAUGUUUUUUAGAUUGCACUUUACAGUAUUUAUGUAUACAGUAUUUGAUGGCAAAGCCAUUUUUUUGCCCAAUAAUCUCACAAUCUUGAACUUCAACCAAGGACUAAUUUUACCAAUAAAUAUUGUGCAAAAAGUAAAGUUCUUUCUUUAGACGUUAGGGCAGGCUAACUUUUUUAUUAAUUGAAGGCAGAUAUCACGUGUAGGCCUACACAUUUUGUCCAGCCCGUAAAGCCAUUCUACUUACGAGAACAAGAUUUCUAUCUUAUCUUUAAGUUACCAAGACGCCAACUGUCGCAAAACCAAACAUACAAAAAGAUUACUUUAGAAAGGAUCACUUUGCAAAGGUUAUUUCAUUUCCCGUUUACAUUUUAUCGUUAAACUGAUGUUUUAUACACAUAUUAUACACUCAGUUCAAAGGGUGUUGGCAACGUUGAAGAGCCUAGCUUAUUAGCUUGGCAUAUUUAUCACAUAAUACCGUAAUAUUCAUGCCAAGUUCCGCACAGUGGAUUUCUCUGUAACUUGUUCAUUUCUGUUUAUUAACAGACGUGGGUAGUUCGAUGAUUGGGAGCAAAGUCCAAUAAAGACAAAGAUGUUAUGUUCAUAAUUUUACAACGUAGCCUUGCUAAGUGUUAUCUUUAUCGGGUUGAAAAGUAUGACUCAUUAAGGCGCCUUUGUAUGUACACGCAUUUAAGGUUUUAGGGUCGCGUAC